AUGUCGAUCGGAGAGGCGAUACACGAGAGGUGGAGGGCGCUCGAGACACCGAGGCCCUCGUCGUCGUCGUCGUCGUCGUCGGCACCUGCGUCACCCUCCGCAUCUGCCUCGAGGGUCGUGCAACAGCACCCGCACCUGCACCUGCCUCCGAGCCGCGAAUCGCCCCUCUCUUCGCCAUCGAAGAAGCUCAAGAGCAAGAAGAAGAGCAAGUACGCAAACGCGCCCGCCCUCUUCCUGCCGCCACCCUCGCCCGGCUCGUCUUCCCGCUCCUCGCUGCCCGCUCCCCCAAGCAGCGCCACCAAUGGCACAUCCUCUUCGUCCCGCCACGAUUCGACUGACAGGAUCUCUAAGAUGCUCGCCAGCGUCGAUCCCGCCAUCGUCGAGUCGCGCAAGAGCCUGCCGAUCUGGGCCGGCAAGGACGCCAUCGUCGACGCCGUCCGCCAAAACGACACCGUCGUCAUCCUUGGAGAGACCGGCAGCGGAAAGACGACCCAGAUUCCCCAGUUUCUCUUCGAGGCCGGCUUCGCCCAGAGCAGGCCCGUACAGAUGAUCGGCAUCACCCAGCCUCGUCGUGUCGCCGCCACCUCGCUCGCCCGCAGAGUGGCCGUCGAGAUGGGCUGCCCGGACCCUGCCAGCCGCGCGCUCCAGGAUGCCAGCGCAAAGGGCAAGUCGAAGGAUUCGGGCCCGGGCCUUGUCGGCUACUCGAUCCGUUUCGACGACCGCACCAGCAAGCGGACCCGCAUCAAGUUCAUGACCGAUGGCAUGGUGCUGCGCGAGAUGAUCGGCAGCGGCCAGGGCUCCAGGCUGGCCGGCGGAGACGAGGACGGCGACAAGGCCAGGGGCGGCCCUAAUCGACAGCAGCAGCAAUCUCGGCGCUCGGAAGAUGCUGCCUUCGGCUCCCAAGGCGACCUCACCGCCGCUGCCACCACGGGCAUCAGCUCGACGCUCCUGUCCCGCUACUCGGUCCUCAUCAUUGACGAGGCACACGAGCGUACGCUGCGGACCGACAUGGUCCUCGGCCUUGCCAAGCGCAUCCAGCGCGAGAGAAAGGCGCUGCGGGCCGAUUGGAUCCAGAGAGGCAGCCUCGCCGACGAGCCCGAGGUCACCGAGCUCAAGAUUGUCGUCAUGAGCGCCACCCUCGACGCCAAGUCAUUUGCGAACUUCUUCGCCUCUCCCUCGGCCGCCCUGUCCGAGCACCGCCACAGGUCGGCCGAGGCGCAGCGGCAGAUGAGCGCGCGGUCCGAGGUGCCCAUCCUUUACGUCAAGGGUCGCCAGCACGCCGUCACCACCUUUCACACCGAAGAGCCGAGCCAGGAGUGGACCGACUCGGCGCUGCGGACCGUGCUUCAGAUCCACGUCUCACGGCCGCCCGGCGACAUCCUCGUCUUCAUGACGGGCCAAGAGGAGAUCGAGACGCUGGCCAAGUCGCUCGAGACCUACGCCGGCGACCUGCCGCUCUGGGCCGAGCACGAGAAGCGGCCGGCGCCCAUGGACCUCAUGAUCGCACCCCUCUACGCCGCCCUGGGGCCCUCGGCCUCGGUCAAGGUCUUUGCGCCGACGCCGCCGCGGACGCGCAAGGUGGUGCUGGCCACCAACAUCGCCGAGACGUCGAUCACCAUCCCCGGCAUCAUCUACGUCAUCGACUGCGGCCUGGCCAAGGAGAAGGUCUAUACCGCAACGACGGGCGUCGAGUCGCUGCAGACGCAGGAGAUUUCGCAGUCGGCGGCGCGGCAGAGGGCCGGUCGAGCGGGCCGUGAGCGGUCCGGCGAGUGCUACCGGCUGUACACCGACGAGGCGUUCAAGCAGCUGCCGCUGACGACGACGCCCGAGAUCUUGCGGACCGACCUGGCGGGCGCGGUGCUGCAACUGUGCGCCAUGGGCCAGGACCCCUACCACUUUGACUGGAUGGACCAGCCGGACUCGCAUGGCCUGCGCGAUGCAGUCAUCCAGCUGAUCCAGCUCGGCGCCAUCGAGAUCAAGAACGUGCCGGCGGCCGCGACGACGGCAAAGGACGGAAAGGCGGCGGCGGCGGCGGUGGAGGCUCGCCUUGUCCUCACCGCCGUGGGGCAGAAGAUGGCGAUGCUGCCCGUGGCGCCCUUCUACGCGAGGGCGCUGGUGGCCGCCUCGAAGCGCGGGCCCAAGGUGGCACGCCAGGUGCGCGACAUGAUUGCCGUGCUCUCGGCGGACCGCAGCGUGCUGCUGGACCCUUCGGAUCCGGAGAAGCGCGACGAGGCCAAUCGGGCCAAGAUGGUCUUUGUGCACCCGAGCGGCGACCACGGCACGCUGCUCAACGUGCUCUACGCCUACCUGGCCGAGCAGGACGCGGCGCGCAAGAUUUACCGCGCCAAGAGCAAGGGCGGCCAUGGAGACGAAGACGGCGAGGGCGAGGGCGGGGGCGAAGGCGAGGGCGAGGGCAAGGGCAACCGCGGGGGCAGGUCGAGCGGUGCGACGACGACGACGACGACGGCGGCUGCCUCGGUCGAGAUGCGCGAGCACGUCCGGGCGUGGUGCCAGAACCACUUUGUGCACGAGCGCGCCGUCAAGAACGUGCUCCACAUCCGCAAGCAGCUCGGGCAGAUUUGCGCGCAGCAGGGCAUCGUGUGCGACGACACGCUGGCGAUGCACGAGAAGCGGCAGCAGGCGCAGCUCAACGGCAAACCGAACGGUGGCGGGGCCAACGGCGUCCGCGGCGGUGGCGGCAACGACUCGGCCUCGAUGAACGACGACAUCGACAUCGACACCGACGACGACGACGACGACGACGAUGCGACGACGAGCGAGGAGCUGCGGCGGCUCAAGGCGAUGAAAGAGGGUCUGCACGUCGUUCGCAAGGGCCUCAACGACGGCGAGGGGGGCGUGCGCAACGACGAGGAAGACUACGUCGAGCUGCGCAAGUGCAUGCUCGAGGGGCGCUUUUCGAAUGCCGCGCUGCGCACGCCCGAGGGGACGUGGAAGCGCACGGGCGGCGGGCAGCCGUUCCGCCUGCACCCGAGCUCGACGCUGCACGCCACCCGCCGCAGCCUUGCCGGCGGCACUGGAGCGGGAGCGGGAGCGGGGACGGGGACGGGAGGCAAGAUGGAGGCGCUGCUGGUGGAAGAGGUCGUGGUCACCACGCAGACCUAUGGCCGCACGUGCUCGGUCCUCGAACCGGCUUGGCUGCAGGAGAUUCUUCAGGCUAGCAGUCCCAAGGCGGUCUAG